AUGAACGUUGGGGCAGACCAGGCCCCGCAAACGAAUGGCGGCGGUGGAGCGCAACACCGACAGUCCAACGGCAGCGGAGACUCAGACCUCUCACAGAUAUUAGAAGCGCUGCAGGCCAUAUACGCAACCUCGUCCACGAAUGAUACCCGCCGACAGGCAACCGAAUACCUCGAGCAAGCGAAACGGCACCCGGAAGCGCCCUCACAUGGUCACACGCUCGCACUCGACCGCUCGCAACCCGCGCCCCUCCGCUACUAUGGCCUCACUAUGCUGGAGCACUCGAUAAAAUACAGCUGGGAAGACUUCACCGAGGACCAAGGCACAGCGUUACGAGGCUAUGCGAUCGAGCUCGCCCAAAACGUGUCCGAAGACGAUGCGGCAUUCCUCAGGAACAAGGUCGCGCAGCUAUGGACGGAAAUUGCGAAGCGCAGUUGGGGCGCCGAGUGGCUGAAUAUGGACGAACUGUUGGUCUCGCUCUGGACAAGUUCUUUGCACCACCAGGCUGUCGUGCUAUACGUCCUGGAAACGCUUUCUGAGGAAGUCUUUAAUCGCGAAGACCCUACGGCAGGCCUUCGAGGUAGCGACCUGGGUCGCGCCUGCGUCGAGAUUUUCACACCGCUUGCCGUCAUACAAGACCAGCUUCCUACACGCGAGAAGAGUCUGGAUGUGCGGUGUGGAGACGAAGGAUGGCUGAAGAGACUAUGCGACAACUUGGGAUGGUGCUUGGGGCAGGACUACCAGAACCAGGAAGCUGUUAAGACAAGCGCUAUCAAGUCUAUGCAGGCCCUCAAGGCGGCCAUGCCGUGGAUCAUGCCCAAGGCUAUCGCUGCAACACAGGUCAUCGAGGCCGUCUGCAAGGCGCUGGCUACCCCUGCCGUAGAGAUGCAGAUUGCCGCCGUCGAGACCCUCCAAGCGAUCUACAACCGAACCCACCUGCACGACGACGAGUUUGUGGAGCUUGUAUGCCCCAUGUUCACACCUGGCAGUGUUUCACUCCUGCGAGAAGUAUACAACUGGACGCUCACGGAUAUGGAUGUGAAUGACAUAGAUGAUCAGAAAUACAUGCUCUGCAAGAGACUCUCAGAAUUGGCCAACAGCCUCGGACUAUUCAUCGAGCAAAAGCCCCAAUCGAUACCAGAUGGCAGCGACCUAACCGGCAUAUUCGGUUUCCUAUACGAUAUCAUGCGCAACCCGAGUCUCGUCGUCUCCAUACCUGUUCUCCAUUGUUGGACCAAGCUGUUACGAUCUAGCAUCGUGCGAGACUCUGAUGUCGUCAACUCCAUGGUUGGCGGGCUACUUGAGACGUGCUGCGCCCGACUCAUUCGAUACGAAUCGUUACCCGAAGAUACCGAAGACGUUACGUUACAAUUUCUCAACGAAGACAUUGAUACAGUACCAGAACGUCAUGCUUUUCUAGGCAACUAUCGGCGCUUCUGCGCAGACGUGAUCGAAGUCCUGGUUCGCAAGACACCAGUAGAAGCAAUGGCGCAUAUCCUUGCUCAGGCGACGAACAUGCUCCAGAACCUGUACCAUGAUCAGCCUGCUUUCCAGCGCCAAAACUUCACAAAGAACUCUCCACAAGUCCUUCAGGUCGAUGCGCAGGUCACUGUCAUCGAAGCUGCACUCAAGGGGUACAUGAAGUGGCAGCAAGGGCAAGGCGAGAACGCGCAAGAUGAUGAGCGGACGCGGAAUACCCUGGAAGACUCGCUCGAGCAGUGGGGCAGGCAAAUCCUGCAAGCGCAUUUCGAAGAUCCUGAAGUUGCAAGAAAGAUAAUAUCUUUGAUGGCAACUCUCUCAACAAAAGCCCUUGGCGACCGCCCAGGAUUCGCUCUUACCUUCUUGGAGUAUAUGCUUACAGUACGGCUAGCCGAUGACACGAACUAUCCACAGUACUCCGAUGCUGUGAAAGACCUCGAGCGCAUAUGCAGUCUUGAGAUGCAGAAACUAGCGAUGAAAUUCGCUGACGACUUUAUGAACGUCUACGAGCAACUAGAGGCCAAGGUCAAUGAGAUGAUUAAUGAUCCAACGACUGACGAACGCCAACGUAUGGCGUACUCCGCUUUCCUUUUCAUCAUCAUACAUAGAUGUACAACAUUAGAGCGCGCCACGCAAGAGGAGCGCAUGAGACAGAUGCUCAACCGUGUCAAGGAUGCUUGGCGCAACGAUGAGUUCACCCAAGCCAUCUCUUCAUUCCAGUCCUUCUGUGGCGUAUUGGGAAUGGGCCAAUUACCCGAGUUUCUGUCUGCGAACAACUUCCGCGGCAUUCAGGACUGGUCUGACCAACAGUUGCCUAGUGAUGGCCAGGCGUUGCAGGCCUCAAUUCUUGACCGUUCUCAACAACUGCCACUACGACUUACUAAGACAUUACUGGCAGCAUCGACGGAAAAGCUUCGCGAUGGCACUGCUGCGUACGAGACUGCUGCGCUACUCUGGGCAGAGGCCAUACCAGUGCUGCUCCCAAACCUUCUCCAGCUCGUGAGCCAUGCACAAGCAUUCAACGAUAUCGACGCCAACUGGUCACACUUGCCAGUAGAGCUACAGCAGGUUAUUCGGAGAGUACUGACUGAUCGGUUCUGGCAAGCGGGCAUAUCGACAGAGAGCCGAGACGACUUCUUUGCAAGAGUUAGUGGCUCCAAGUCGACGUUUGAGGGUUUUGCAUCGACGGUACGAGGCACUGUAAGGCAGAUUAGGGAGAGCUCGUACUACAUCCUAUACUCGUUAACGCGAUUUCGAGACUUCUUCUAUGGGAUAGAAGAUCUGCCAGGCCCGUUGAGUCAAGCCCUGUUUGGCCACGCAGGCGCUCUGACUGCGCAUCAUCUAUCUGUCUUACUAACCGUAUCCACCCAUCUCAUUGAAGGUUGCCCAGCGCGUCUACGACCACAUUUCCUGCCACCCAUGAUACAGGGGCUAUUCAGAGAGCUGGAUCGAAAAAUCUCCGGAGAAUGGAACGAGGUUGCCCGACAGGUGGCGGAUUCGGGGCAGAACGACAACUUGACGGACGAGAUGAAGACUGAGAGCAUACUACGACAGCUCACAUAUGCUGCGGUUUCGCUUGUCGCUGUCCUGCUCGAUUCGAGACAGGAAUUUGCCCGUCACGAUGAACACAGUCGAAAAGAAGCCAACGCACCGCCCAUGUGCGACUUCAUUCUCUCAACGCCUGCCGUCCUCGAGCCUAUCCUCCUCUUCUGCAACUCAACAAUACGUUAUCGCGAUACGAGGUCCGUUGUCACCAUGGUCCGCGUAUUGCGCACCCUGCUCCCACGGUUCAAGGAGAAGUCGCCCAUUCGGGACUACUUCUGCAAUGACAUCCUCAAAUCGGCCAUUACGUCCCUCCAUGAGCCAUACUUUGUGGACUGCCAGAAAGAGCUCGCCUCACUCAUCGCCGGCAUCAUUCACCUGGACGAGGAGAUACCGCGCUCGAUCAUCUUGUCUCUACCCGGCAUGGGUGACCAGUAUCGCGUCGACCGCCGUCUUGCAAAGCUCCGUGGAGCGAACAGGUCGGACGAACGUAUGCAGCGCAGCAUCGUACUAGAUCUCAUGAGUAGUAUCAAGGGUGUCAGUAUUCACGAGCAAGGCAAAAUACAGAGAUCGACGAAGACCAAGACCAGGACUGUCAUGAUGGAGCAGUACAUGAGUGUGGAUCAACAGCCGACUAUAGUCCGAGGCACCAGCCCCGGAUUGGCAGGUGUGGCAGACAUGUUCGGAGAGUCUGCCGAUGACCUGACCCCGCCGCUGUACUACUGCGUGCUUGCCGUUCCUACCUAUCUACCCAAAAUAGAAGCAACCCGCGAGUCAGCACCUGCCUCUUUCUCUGUUCAUUUCUCCGUCACAACCACUUCUCACUUUCUAAUCCUUGCCAUCGACGAGAUGAGCGGCAUACCUAUCGUCGACUUCGGCGCGUACCUGCACGGUAAAGCAGAGGAUCAGGAGAAGAUCGCCAAGGAGAUCGACGAUGCAUUCCAUAGUAUGGGCUUUGUCUACCUAAAGAACCAUGGCGUGAGGAAGGAGCUGGUGGAGGAGUGCUUUGCUUGGUCAAAGAAGUUCUUCGAUCUACCGCUUGAGACCAAGAUGCUGGCUCCGCAUCCGCCGGGUGGCAGUCAUCAUCGUGGAUACUCGGCGCCUGGAGUGGAGAAGGUUAGUCAAGGGGUUUAUGAUAUUAAUGAGCUGAACAAGCUGAGGGAGACGCCUGAUUAUAAAGAGUCCUUCGAGUCUGGCAACGUGAAAGAUGAGGCUCAGCCAAAUAUCUGGCUUCCAGAAGAUAAGCUUCCGGGCUUUCGCGCAUUCAUGGAGAAGUACUUUGUCGAGUGCGCCAGUCUAAUCCACAGCAUCCUCGACGCUCUCUCCAUUGCUCUCAACGUUCCAGCACCAGGCCUCUCUCCAACCCAUUCGCAGUCGCUCUUCCAACUCCGGCUUCUUCACUACCCCUCCAUCGACGCCGAACAGCUACGCAACAAUGAGCGCAGCAGGAUCAACGCGCAUUCCGACUUUGGCACGCUCACUUUGCUAUUCCAGGACAACGUUGGAGGACUUGAAGUACAGGAACCUGCGAACCCAGGUACUUUCCGUGCUGCAGAGCCCAUCGAGGACACUGUGUUGGUCAAUAUCGGAGAUCUCAUGGCGAGAUGGAGCAACGAUCGUUGGACAAGCAGUGUGCAUCGUGUUGGCCUACCUCCGGUCCUUCAAAAGGUCACUGAAGACGGCAAACGGAACGACAGGGAGAUAGUAGUACCAGAUCGCUACUCAAUCCCUGUGUUCGCGACACCAAAUAUGGAUACAGUUAUCGAUGCGUUGCCAGGUUGUUGGGAUGAAGAGAAGCCGAAGAAGUACGAGCCUGUAACCGCGUGGGGAUACGUACAGAUGCGGAUGGCUGCGUUUAACAAGCGUCGGGAAGAUCCGCUCCAACUCAAGUCACUCAGAGAGAAGCAAGAGAUAGAAGAGGCCAAAAGAUUCAAAAGUCCGACGCCUAUCGCGAAACUUCAGCGUCCGGGAGGGUCGACGUUGUCUUUCCGUACCCUGAUGACAGGCGUCUGGGAUUACGAUCACCUUGGCAAGCUCGUCUUUGACCAGAAGCUCAAGGACAAAAGGCAAGGUUACAUUACGUUCGGCAAGAAUGCUCUAGUGAUUUACCUCCGGGCAGAAACCGCCGAAGCCUUCAACUGGCAUUGCAGGAUUGAUAUUGAUUAUGCUACUAUAGAGCACAUCGUUCCGUCUCGCGGCAACGGCCAACAUGGAACGAUAACAUUCACCCUCAAGUCUCCACCGAAGUUCUACGACAUUCAAUCGACUAAUGAUCUACACUUGUAUGCCGGUGAGCAAGCACCGAACGACAUCUCUGCCGCAUUGUCGAGACUCGGCAUCAAGCCGCCAAAACCAGUUCUUCGGCUACAAAGACUAUGCAAAUUGAGUAAAUCUCACGACAUGAACUCCGCUUUGUGUAUGGUCUACAAGAUCGCCUUCUCCGACACCCGAAGCGUUGAUCUUGCUUGGACCUUUGUUAAGCCCUUCUUCGCGGGACCUAACACAAAAUGGAUGAAGACCAUGGAGCCCACCGCUUUGACGGGCAGUAUUGAACACGAGUAUGCAGUCGUCAACAAGAUGCUUAGCGACUAUGGACCAUCUUUUCCGCAGACCUUCACGUUCAAUAUCCGUUACCAACUGACAGCGCUCAUGCUAGAGGGUACAAUCGCCCCGUGGAAGAUGAAGGAACUGAUACCGGUAGUACAAAAUGCUGCUGAGAAGCAUGGUGCAGAACUCACCGCGAACGCAGUUCGUCUCCUUGGGAAACGGAUACCAACGCCUACACCGGGUGUUAAGGCGGCAGAUCUUACUUCAAACGCAGUCAGUCGCAGAGGAAAGCGAAUACCAACGCCUGCACCAGCUGUUGAAGCGAAAAGCUUCAUGAUCAAGACCAUUAAGCGCAUUCUUGAUGAAAGCAUCGAAUGUUGUCAACGUCUUGAAGAGCUUUCCCGGAUCUGGGACGUCAAACAGAAGAAGCAAAAUCACCUCGCCUUAACAUACAAGGCUACGGUCACACCUACCGGUAUCCUGCUACGCGGCCCUGACUGGGUCGUCUCCAAUCGUAUAUUGAGGAAGUACAAAACCCACGCCCAGUUCUUCAUGCGCGUGUUCUUCGCAGAUGAAGACGAGCUGCCGGCGUUCUCCGGUAGGGUUCAACUCGAUACAACAUUCUCGGUGCCAAUCUCGAAAACCGCCUAUGUAAACGAAAUGAAGGACGACGUCACGAGAAACAACCGCACAUUCAGUGACGGCUGCGGAACCUUGUCAUUGAGCCUCUUCCAAAAAGUUUGGAACGCCUUCCAGCCGGACCGUAGAGCACUCAGGCCGACGGUGCUACAGAUCCGGUUCAGAGGUGCGAAGGGGGUACUAUCACUAGAUACGACAUUGCAAGGUGAUCAACUGCACGCCCGAAAGAGUAUGACCAAAUACGUCGCCAAAGAAGAGUGGAGGGAUUUGGAAAUCUGUGGAGCUGCCUACAAGCCUCUCAGAGUAUAUCUGAACCACCAGUUCAUCAAGAUCCUUGAGGAUUUACGUAUACCUGCGGAAAACUUCAUGGCGGUCCAGGAUGAAGCUGUCACAGAACUGAAACUCAUGACGGAGCAUCCUCUGAAUGCAGCCAGCCUUCUCGAAUACUCCCACUCGGGUGAUCUCGCGAGAGUCCCGUCACUGUUUCGGCGAAUGAAUGAAUUGGGUCUAUCAUUCCACGCGGACAGCUUCCUCACCGACAUCGUGGAAGUGGCAGCUAUGUCAAGCCUGAGAGAUAUCAAAUAUCGCGCGCGUAUUCCAAUCAAGAACGGCUACCUCCUUUAUGGCAUCAUGGACGAAUGGAACAUUCUGAAAGAGGGCGAGGUCUACAUUCCGCUACAAGAUUACGAUACGAACGACAAACUGAAGAGAACCAUACUCGUUGGCGAGCGAAUAGUCAUCACGAGAGCCCCUGCGCUACACCCAGGCGAUAUUCAGGUCGUCAAAGCAGUCGAUGUUCCAGAAGGUUCGCCCCUCAGAGCACUGCACAACUGCGUCGUAUUCUCACAGCAAGGUCCGCGGGAUCUACCAUCGAAGCUAAGUGGCGGUGAUCUUGAUGGAGACUUGUUCCACAUCAUUCACGACACUCGACUGAUUCCGAGAAUCGUUUAUCAACCCGCCGACUACCCAUCCACGCCGGCAAAGGAUUUGGGGCGGCCGGUAACUGCCGACGAUAUCGUUGACUUCUUUAUCGAAUACAUGAACAUGGAUCGAUUGGGACAGAUUUCGAACAAACACAAGAUUCGCGCUGAUAAGGCUCCUUUUGGCACUCUAGGUGCAGAGUGCCUGCUUCUUGCCAAGCUCGCAUCCGAUGCCGUCGACUUUGGAAAAUCUGGGAUUCCUGCCAAAAUGGCUCAGAUACCGCCAGGUUCUGAUCACAUCCGCCCUGACUUCAUGGCGCCAGGAUCGAACCUCAUCGUCAACGACUUGGGCGCUGCUGAACUCGAGGAGCUUGAGGGUGACGAGCUCGACGAAGUGAGUGUGCUAAAUGCUGAGAAACCAAGGAGUUCAUACUACACAAGCACAAAGGUCCUAGGAGUUCUGUAUCGGCGGAUCGACGAAAAAACGUUCUUCGAUAAGAUGAAGAACGCCUACCGAACAUCUCACCAUCGCCGGGGUGAUGAAACGCUGGUACAGAAGCUCAAGCGAUAUGUGAUCCGAGAGACCCGUGGAGUACAAUGGGAACACCAUUGGGAUUUCGCAGAACAACUCCGUGAAGCGUACGAAGAGAACAUGUUCGAAAUUAUGGACACACAUCGUCCGUCUCGAGGCUCACGUCUUACCGAGCUUGAGGUGUUUAGUGGUAACAUCCUUGGCAAGAAAGAUCGUGCACCCUCCCGCUACGUCCGCGAAGCCAACCUCGAGGUUCAAGAACGCUUCAACCGCGAUGUCAGCGACAUGAUCAAGAAUAUAGUAAUGGGUGAUGGAGACUGGGACGGCGAUGCGGAUUCGGAGGCGUUGCCGCGCUCCAUUGCGUGCUUCAUGGUCGCGCUGGAGACGGAUGGCUGGGAGAACUACCGCACGUUGAGGAGCUGGAAGUACGUUGCUGCUGCGGUGUGCUUGGAGCAGUUGUGGAAGUACAACAACGGGUAUUUGCGCCGACUUUGA